GCUGUCGUUGGCAACGGCGGAGGCUGCUGGAGCGGGAAGGAUAUAACUGCCGUACCAAGCUGUUGUCAAAUUAAAACUAUUGUUUACUUGAUACCCGGGAGUACUGGAACAGCCCUCGCACCGUAAAAUGAUGUGAAACAAAAUGUUUUUAUCGUUUUGGCGUCUGGAAAACGGACAAGGCGCUUCUCCGGCCAUUUAGCUGUGUGUUUGCUAGCUAACAUCUCUAAAUUGAACACUAGCAGCUCGAGUUUUAACAAGUUGCAGCAAGACUGGGACAUCAACAGGUGGAUCUCCCAUUUACGAUAUUCGAUAACAAUGGCCUCCAAAGGUUGGCAGCUUCCUUACGUCAACAUAUUCAAACAUGUCAGAGUGGAAGACUGGAAACGGUCGACAAAAGUGGGGAAUGUGUCAUCAAACACGAACAAGACGCUGAAGUGUCCAGUGUUCCAGAUCAGGGGUCCCGUUCCUUCCAACAGCUACAUCCUGGUGCCCAAAAACAGCAACCAGUCUCUGGAGCUGACGGGGCGCUACUUCUACCUUCUCUUCAGGCCCACCCCUGGCAAAUACUUCGUGGUCCACCUGGAUGUUUCUGCUGAGGAGGGCCAGGUGGUCCGUAUCUCCUUUUCCAACAUGUUCAAAGAGUUUAAGUCUACACCGACCUGGCUUCAGUUUCCUUUCCUGUGCGGAGCUGCAAAAGAUUCAGUCUAUGAAAGCACAGCCAAAUCUGCAAGACAUGAUUUGGUGGGUCCAGCUCCCACUUCAGUGCGUUGGACCUGUCUGAUGCUGGAUCUGCAGUACACUCUCUCUGUCUACCUCAACCGCUGCUACAGUCACCUGAAGAGCGUCAAGCUUUGUGCCAAUAUGGCAGUGAAAAAUAUGUUAACCAGUGACCUACUGCUAGAUCCAGGAGUUUCCUUCAGUGAAGCUAAGCUGAUGGGCCUGGCCUCUUCUCAGGGAACAGGUCCUAUGCCCAGAGACAUGUCGUUUCCUGUGCCCAAGGGAACCUCCUGGCAUGAUCUCUAUGAUUACAUCAGGUUUCCCUCAGAGGGAACAAAGUUACCCUUUGACUCCUUUCAAAAAGGCAAUCCCAGGCCUGAGGCUAUAUGUGUCUCCAACCAAAGAAACCCUAUUAGAGAGGAGUCUCGCUGUGUCAACCUCAGCAAACCAGUUAAGGACCGUGUAUCCCUCAUCCAGCAGAUAACCAGUCCAAAAUCACUCCUGAGGAAUCAAACCCCCUUGGUGACCAGCAUACCCGAGCUGGGCGUAGUUACCACUCACCAGAAGGAUCACUGGCUCAGCCAUAAGGAUGACCAGCAUCGGCAGGAGUCAGCAUGCUCCAGUUCACACCAGCUCACAUUCAGGCCACCCUAUGAUGCUGAUGACAGGGAAGUUCACGUGUACGUGCAUCCUGAGGACGGCUUCAGCAAACAUGGGGAAGAAAGUGAAGAAGAGUUUGUUUGCACCCCUGUUCCACAUCCUGUCCAUCUAUCAUCGUCCAAAGUAACAAGACAGCAGAAGCUUCUUCCAGACCCAAUUCUCCGACUCAAUCGAAUCAUCGGCUUUGGAGGAGCGACUACUAAAUGUGCCCUGUGGACCAAAUCUGGUGAUGCGGUGGUGUAUCCGUGUCAUGCAAUUAUCGUCUCUAUGAAGAUAUCCUCUUACCAGCAGAGAUUCUUCAUCGGCCACACUGAUAAGGUAUCUACACUGACCUUUAAUGGCAACACAACACUGCUGGCCUCUGCACAAACUGGUAACCACAGUGUAGUUCGAGUGUGGAACUACCACAAAGGAACCUGUCUGGCCAUGUUUAGGAUUCAUGCUCACUCAUUAUCCUCGCUUAGCUUCUCACACGGCAGUGGUAUUCUCUGUGGAGUGGGUAAAGACAGUCACAGUAAAACAAUGGUGGUAGUGUGGAACACUCUGAACAUUAGUAAAGGUGGAGAGGUGUCUAUCUUAGCCAAAGCACACACAGAUGUGGAUAUCCACACCAUGAAGGUUGCCUUCUUCGAUGAUACACGGAUGGUGUCAUGUGGUCGGGAUAAUAUUCGCCUGUGGCGAGUGCGGAAUGGGACGCUGCGCUCCUGUCCUGUCAACUUGGGAGAAUACCACUCAAUGGAUUUCACUGAUGUGGCUUUUGAGGAAGGAAACUCCAACCAAUGUCUCGAUGAUAGAACACUAUUUGCCAGCAGUCGGAGUGGCUAUAUCUUUGAGAUCGACUACAGCAGAGUUGUUAUCAGAAAUGUCAGGCGGCUGUUGCCUGCACAGCAGCAGCAUGCAGACCGUAGGGAGAAACUGACUUUUAACACAGGUCCAGGGAUUGCCAUUAACAGUAUCAGUGUGUCUUCAUCAUUCUGUGCCACGGGCUCUGAAGAUGGCUUCCUGCGGCUCUGGCCUCUUGAUUUUUCUGCUGUCUUCCUGGAGGCUGAGCAUGAGGGACCUGUGAGCCUGGUGUCAGUCUCAUCAGACAGCCUUCAGGUCCUCGCAGGCACUUCUACUGGUAACCUGGGUUUCCUUGAUGUGAGCAGCCGUGGUUACAACACACUGAUGAGGUCACAUACAGACACUGUGCUUGGCUUCAGUGUUGAUGGCAUCCGUCGCCAUCUCACAACAGCCUCUUCUGAUGGCACAGUGCGCAUUUGGAAUAUGGAUUCCUUGCAUCAGUUGUAUGAUUUUGUGUCAGAGGACAGCCCCUGCUCCGUAGCCUUCCAUCCCAGCGAGCAGGUCUUCUCUUGUGGCUUCAGCUCUGGUGUCGUCAGAGUCUUUGACAUCUCGAGUGCCAAGCUGCUCGCUGAACACAAGCAGCACAGAGGUGAAGUGGUGGGUCUCGCCUUCUCCCCAGAUGGGGAGCUCAUGUACAGUGCCGAUUCACAGGGCUCUCUGGCACUUUACAACGCGUCUGAGGAAGACCACAAUGUGAUCAGAGUUGUGUGUAAUGUGGUGGCCCAAGGCACUGAGCGCGCCCCAGAUGCCCUUGCAGUGAGCAGUGACAGCCGCUGUCUGGCUUUUGUCGGUCCCUCAGAGUACAUUGUCACCGUCGCUGACUCACGGUCUCUGGAUGAGUUGCUCCAUGUAGAUGUGAGUAUUUUGGAUGUGGAGAGCCCCCGUCUUGAUUCUGCACUGAAGGUCUGCUUCUCUCCGUCCUUUACUGAACACUUUUUGGUUGCCACAUCUGCUAACAAGAUCCUCUGGGUCAGCACCAAGACAGGUCGUCUGCUCCGUGAGGUGUCUAAGGUGCACAAACACCAGUGCACGUCCCUGUCUGUGAGUGAGGACAGUCGAUUCCUGCUGACCGCAGGACACAAUGCUGUGAAAGUCUGGGAUUAUGAAAUGCAGCUCGACAUUAACUCACAGAUGUUUAUAGGCCACAGUCAGCCCAUCCGCCAGGUGAGCUUCACUCCUGACCAACUGGGCAUAGUCUCAGUGGGAGACGCCAUAUUUCUCUGGGACUUCCUGGCACAUCCUGUUGACUCUUUGACUGACAACCGUUCACCUCUCAGAUUAAGCUGCAGCUCAGCUCCUAAAUCAGACGCUGUGAGUAGAGUUCAGUUGUCCAAUGGGAUGCCUCGACAGACAGCGCCCCUCCCCUCCUCACCACCACCACGAUUGGACGUCAGCACCCUUGACCAGGGUGACCAGGGGGCUUUAGCCUCCUUGUCUAUUUGUGAUGACACACCAACCAUCCCAGCCGUUCCAGCCAGUGGUUCAGGUCCUUCCUCUGACCCAAGACCUGCCGUCUCCUUCCUCAAAGUUACAGAGCUGGACCUCACAUCUUCCCUAAAUACAAGUCAUAUGGAUGCUGUUGAGUUGAAAGGGAAGAAACCAGUACGCCCUGAUUGUUACAGGCACUUUAUCCCACGUUUCAAGACCUCCACUCUUGAUCAGGCUGCUGUAGUUCCCCAACCAGGAGAAGAGGGCAUAAAGCUGAAAGCAGUAAUUGGCUACAAUGGCAAUGGCCGUGGCAACAUGGUGUGGAGCCCUGACCAAGGUGUGUUUGCAUACUCAUGUGGCUGUGUGGUGGUGGUGGAGUACCUUCAUACGGGAAGUCAGAGAUACUUGCAGGGCCACAGUGAGGAGAUCUCUUGUCUUGCAGUUACAAAUGAUGCACAGACUGUGGCAUCAGCAGCUAGCGGCAGUAAUGGUAGAAGAAGCCUUAUCUGCAUUUGGGACGCCAAGAAUGGAACUUGUCGUGAUACAAUCUCCUAUCACAGGGGAGCGGUACAGAGUCUCGCUUUCUCCAGGGAUGAUCGCUUCUUUCUUUCUGUCGGAGACUUUUCUGAACCGGAGGUGGCUCUGUGGAGUAGUAAGACCUUCCAGCUGCUGUCCAGUGUGAGUGUGUCAGGACCAAUCCAUGACGCAGCCUUCAGCCCUUCAGCAGCCAGCCAGCUGGCCUGUGUGGGCAGCCAAGGAGCUUACUUCUGCCUAAUCAACACGCAUGGCUUGAAUGUAGACCUUAAGGUCCAGAAGGUAAGAGCGCCACCUGAGGUGGGUGAUGUGGAGCUGACGGCUUUGUGCUACCACAUGGACUCCUUGCUGUUCACCGCCACUAAUCGAGGACACGUUUGCGUCUGGGAUAUUAACACACACUGCUGCUUCAUGACCUGGGAAGCUGAUGAGGGCGAGAUCGGAGUGCUGCUGUGUCGAGGGAACCGUCUGUUGACAGGCAGCAACACCCGCUGGUUGCGACUGUGGGAGGUAGAAGCUGUGCGGUGCGUGAAGCCUCAGGAAAAGGUCUGCAAUGUGAAAGACAGUGGCACCAUGGUGGUGUUGGAGCAGGAGAUAAUGCUGGAUGGGACAACGGUCAGUGCAGCAUUUGAUAGCACAAUGGACAUGGGCAUUGUUGGCACCACAGCAGGAACCCUCUGGUACAUCAACUGGUCAGACAACAGCAGCACCCGGCUGGUCAGCGGGCACAAAACCAAGGUGAAUGAUGUGGUGUUUAGCACUGAUGAGAGACAUUUUGCAACCUGCAGCCAGGACGGCAGUGUGAGGGUGUGGUCAGCCUCCAGCAACGAACUGGUGGUGCAGUUCCAGGUGCUCAACCAGUCCUGUGGCUGUGUAUGCUGGAGCCCUUCUUCCAAUAAGGACAGUGCAUGUGUGGCUGCAGGAUACAACGAUGGGACCCUGAGGAUCUUCCGGCUUGCCUCCUCAGAGAUGGAGAUGAAGCUACAUCCUCAUAACAUUACUGUGACUGCCAUCCAGUACUCUGUCACUGGUCAUGUGAUACUUUCAGCAGGCAAGAAUGGUCUGGUAGCUGUCAGCAGCCCAGUGAAUGGAGCGACUAUCCGUGUCAUCAGGGACCACAAAGGAGCGCCGAUUACCACCAUCCAGUGUGUGAAUGAACAGUGUAAGAAUUUCGGACUGGAAGGAAACGAGAUGUGGUUGGCUGCUAGUGCUGACAGACGCGUCAGCGUGUGGGCUGCCGAUUGGUUGAAGGACAAGUGUGAUCUGCUCGACUGGCUGACAUUUCCUGCUCCAGCCUAUUUUGGGGAUGACAGCCCACCUCCCAGCCUGGCUGCCUUCUGCCCCGCAGACCCCAGCCUGGUGGUCUACACUGGCUACGGAGUAGAGAAAGAGCUGUCCUUCUACAGUCUGGCUAAAAAACAGAUAAUAAAAAAGAUUGCCCUGCCCCACUGGGCCACAUGCUUUAGCCUCUCCUGUAAGAGUCAACUCUUAGCUGUGGGAUCGAAAGAGCGAGUGUUGAAGUUGAUCAAGUCGACCAGCGGCAGGUUUCAGGACUUCAUGCAACACAGUGACUCAGUGCAUACGUGUCACUUCUCUCCCUCUGGGACGCUUCUUUUUACUGUAGCUUUUAAUGAGAUCCUGCUGUGGGAGGUGCAGGGGCUCUAAGGGCCACAGAUCUGUUUAUGAACCUCAAACCUUGUAGGUUUAUCGACCACACAAGUGCCUAGUUUCUAUUAAUUUAUAUUAUUGUUAUUGUUUUUAUAGCUAUUUUUUAUCAAACAAAUAUUUCUAGGGAAAUAGUUGUAAUUUGUGGAGAUGUCUGAUUUGCCACAUCUGAAUUUAUAUUUCACAUGUAUGGUUUUAAAAUGCAUUAAUAUUAAUUUUAACAUGUUGAAGGGAUUGUUUUGUUUUCCAGUGACGUCUAAUGUUUGACAAUUUAUUUUAGGUUUUCUUACUGUGCGUUAGAACGCGUAUGGAUACUGAUGAGUGAUUAGCAGUUGCUGUCAUGUCUGUUGUUUUUCAGUGGUAGAUAAUUAUGGUUUGUAGGCUGCUCUGGGAUUGGGAUGGGGUUUAAAUAAAAUGCAGCUUGAAUAAUUA